AUGAAGGAUUUAUGUGUAUUGUCAGCAUUAUUAAUGAUACUGACAUAUUGUGUAUCAUUAGAAUCGCGGGAUAGCUGCGCGAAUUCAAAGACACCGUUAAGUUUGAUAAGAAAGAAGAGACAUCUUACUUUUCCGGAUCAUUCAAGUGUUGUGCUAACGAUCGCCCUGGUGAAAGCCUUUAUGACGCACGCACCGUCGGGCUGGAAUAUAGCUAUUGAGAUUGACGUCAUGUAUCCAAUGUUAAAUAUGAAUGAAACGAACAGACUCUUCCGUAAGAAGUAUCAUUACAGACAGAAACGAGAAUUCUGGGAGAGACUGGAGAAUGCUGUUGAGUUCCAAAAUUUGAAUGGAAGAUCAUGCAUACUACGUAGUGUAUGUGAGGCUGAUACGUCGUUGGCGGCGCCAGGAAAGUCACUGGUGCAUGAUAUACUAAGAGCUGUAUUCACGGCGCCAUUGCACGAUGAAGAUUUUCAAGAUGAAAUAAAAAGUACUUACGCCGAACUGUCCGAUCCGAGUUUUUGUAGCAAGCCAAACGAUUGUCCUUUUUCCUUUUUGGAUUUUGUUUUGUCUCUAAAUGAACGGUAUUGA